CGCUGCUGGACGGUGGCCGCCAAAACAAACAUGGCGGCUUCCUGCUGUCACUUCUGCACGCUGACUGAAGGUUGUUGUUAAAUUUGAGGCGUAACAGCAGAAACAGUGUCAGCAUGCUCGGUCUGACGAUAAAGCAGGUGUCUUUGGCACUCAGGGAGGGAAGGAUCUCCGCGACUGAGCUGUGUAGAAGGUGUCUGAACCGCAUCAAGAAAACUCAACAUCUCAAUGCUUACAUCACCGUGACAGAGGAGCUGGCACUGAAGCAGGCUCAAGAAGCCGAAACCAGACUGCUGCAAGGUGCCCCCAAAGGUCCUCUGGAUGGAAUCCCCUUUGCAGUCAAAGAUAACUUCUGCACAGAGAAUAUCAGGACCACAUGUGCUUCCAGGAUGCUCAGAGACUACAGUCCUCCAUACAAUGCUACAGUCGUCCAGAAGCUCAUAGACCAAGGGGCUGUUCUGGUGGGGAAGACAAACCUGGAUGAGUUUGCAAUGGGUUCAGGGAGUACCGAUGGGGCUUGGGGUCCAGUGAGGAACCCUUGGAGCUACGCUGCUCCCUACAGAGAGCAGACAGGGGCGUCCCCGGACUCUGACUGGGUCAUAACUGGAGGAAGUUCAGGAGGAAGUGCUGCAGCUGUGGCCUCACUCUCCAGCUACCUAGCUCUGGGUUCAGACACAGGGGGUUCUACUCGUAAUCCUGGAGCACUUUGUGGCCUUGUGGCCCUAAAGCCGACCUACGGUCUGCUGUCCAGACACGGUCUGAUCCCUCUGGUCAACUCCAUGGACGCCCCUGGCAUUUUGACACGCAGUGUCAGUGAUGCAGCCGUUGUCCUAGGUAUCCUCCAAGGCCUUGAUAUUAGAGACUCAACAACAAUCCCUCCCCCGUCAUCCCUGGCCGAGCUGCCUGAAGACUUUGACGUGAAGAACAUCUGUGUCGGUAUCCCUAAAGAGUACCAUGCCCCGGGGCUGUCUGAGGAGACUCUGGCUCAGUGGAGUCGAGUUGCUGACAUGUUUGAGAGAGCAGGGGCGAAGGUGGAGCAAGUAUCGCUCCCCCACACCCAGUACUCCAUUGUGUGCUACCACGUCCUGUGCCACGCAGAAGUGGCAUCUAACAUGGCCCGUUUUGAUGGCCUUGAAUAUGGCCACCGUAGUGAGGUGAACAGCUCAACAGAGGCCAUGUACGCUUCAACCCGACACGAGGGCUUCAACGACGUGGUGAGAGGGAGGAUUCUUUCUGGGAACUACUUCCUGCUUCAACAGAGCUACCAGCACUACUUUGUUAAGGCCCAGAAAGUCCGGCGGCUGAUAGCGGAUGAUUUCAAGCGUGUGUUCAGCUCUGGUGUUGACGUGCUGCUGACACCCACCACUCUGACCGAUGCAGCCCGGUACUCGGACUUCAUGCAGGAAGACAACCGAACACGCAGUACACAGGAAGAUGUCUUCACCCAACCGGCCAACAUGGCAGGUCUUCCCGCCGUGUCACUGCCAACCGCAUUGUCAAGACGAGGGCUUCCCAUUGGUUUGCAGCUCAUCGGCCCCGCCGUCCAAGACAUGAAGCUGCUCAGUGUCGCCCAGUGGAUCGAGCAAAGGGUUGGCUUUCCCGCCAUCAGUGACCAUGGAGACUCCAGGAAGAGCAGCAUUGACACAAGAAGUACUGAAAGGGAACAAACUUUAGCUGCUUAACGUUAACUGAGGACACAAAGAACCAACUGUUGACCAAGUCACUAGGUACAGGCACAUCGUCACCUAACAUGGAACCGUUAUGGACAUUCUUGGCUUCUGAGAUGUCUUUUCAGGACGUAUUCAGUAGGGUUAUCUCCCUCGAUCACAUGCUGCAGUAGGUUUUCUUGAUGGAAUUUUUACAGCACAUGAAAACCCUAAUUAUUGAACAAUAUACAUCAUAUGUCAGGUGGAGGGACAUGGUGUUCAAAUGCUGCUGUAUCUGUUGUCUGAAGGUAAAACGUUUGUAUACUAUGAUGGAGCUGUACUUAUUAAAAGUGUGUAUAUUUC